GUGUGCUUAAUCCAGGACGGACGGAAAAUGGCCCAGACCGCCACCUUCUUCUUCCUCUACAGUGUAUUCUUUACGGUGUUAUCUCUCCCUGUUGAAUGUUGCCUUCCACCUUCCUUACAAAGUGAAGUACCUGGAGAACUUCCAGCUGGGUAUACUGUCUCAAGAGUUAAUCUGGACCAGUGUGGCACUGAGGGCUUGAAGGUGACCAGCAGCGAUCCGGAUUUUGCUGUGCAGACGGACGGGACCGUGAUCACAACCUGUUUUACCGUGGUGCCUGGAGAUGGGAGGAGAUUCUUGAUAUUGGUUCAGAAGGAAGAUGGCGAGACAAGUGAAGUUGAGGUUACCCUAACCCGCAGAGUGAAAGUGGUUCCUAGCAACAAAGUUCUAAAACGAUAUAAAAGACGGUGGAGUCCCCCUCCCUUCUCCAUAAAAGAAAAUCAGAAGCCCCCUUUUCCCAAGGACAUUGAAGUGAUUGCAUCAGACUCCUCUCAGAAUUACUCAGUACGCUACACUAUCAGUGGCCCUGGGGUGAGGGAAAGGCCUUAUGAUGUGUUCUCCAUAGACGAGUACACAGGAAUGCUUCGAGUUCACAAGACUUUGGACCGAGAGGAAUUCAACAAUAUAACUUUUGUGGCGAACGUGUACAACAGGUAUAGCAAUAAGCCGACUGACCUGUCGCUACCAGUCACGGUUAUCGUGGAAGAUGAGAACGAUAAUGCUCCCGAGUUCUCCGGUUUGAUGCAAUACACUGUGAUGGAGCACUGCAAUACAGGCACUCUUGUAGGAGUAGUCAGGGCUACCGAUAAAGAUGAUCCCAGUACUCCCCAUGCAAAAAUCAAAUACAGGCUCGGUAGUGGAACUGAGCUCUUCUUGAUUAAUGAGAAAAAUGGGUCCAUUACCGCUCGAACAACUACUCUGGACAGAGAGCGGCAAGACAAAUAUUUAGUUCCUGUGGAAAUUAGAGACAUGGAAGGUCAUCCCAGUGGCCUGUCCCAAACUGGCACAGCUACGAUAACACUGGGGGACAUAAAUGACAAUCCGCCUACUUUUAAACAGCCAUCGUAUACUGCAGAAGUAGAGGAAAACAAAGCAAAUGUCUUAAUUCUGCGUAUUCCUGUGGAAGACAAGGACUUGGUGAACACAGAUAACUGGAGAACUCGCUUUGUGAUUACAAAAGGGAAUGAGACCGGCAAUUUCCGCAUUGAUGUAGAUCCCAAAACCAACGAGGGACUACUUUAUGUUGUAAAGCCGUUGGAUUAUGAAGAAACAAAGAGUGUGGAACUGCAGUUGACAGCUCAGAAUGUGGCGAAACUGGAGGGCACAACGGCCUCCUGGUCCUCUAUACCGGUAACCCUGAACGUGAAAGAUGUGGACGAAGGGCCAGAAUUCAGACCAGGGAACUUGUACCUACUGGUCAAGGAGAACGUGGCCAACGGAACCGUCAUCGGCACCUACACGGCAACAGAUCCGGAGACCAAGAAGAGCAAUGGGAUGAGGUAUUACAAGCGGUCCGAUCCUGCUUCGUGGAUCAACGUGGUGGAAAGCACCGGGCAGCUCAAGGUUGCGAACACAAUUGACCGAGAAUCCUCUUUUGUCAACAACAGCAUGUAUAAUAUAACGGUGGAAGCAGUGGACGAGAGUAAAAAAACAGGCACUGGGACUGUUAUUAUUCAGAUUGAGGAUAUAAAUGAUAAUAUGCCAGAGAUUAAAUCGAAGGAGCUGGUGCUUUGUGAAGGGAGUCUCGAGUCCGUGAGAAUCGAAGCCAGCGACCAGGAUAAUCCACCUUUCUCCGCUCCCUUUUUCUAUGAACUUGGAAAGGGACAUGAUGGGAAAUGGAAGCUGGAGGACAUUAAAGACACGUCUGCGGUGCUCAAGCCGGCCAAGGAUCUCCCGACAGGGGUGUACAGCGUACCUGUGAUGGUGAAGGACCUGCAGGGCUUUGGGAAGGAACAGACGGUGACGGUGCAGAUCUGCCACUGCUCCAACGGAGCGUGCUUAGCAAAGCGGACCUCGACUUCCCUUGGCGUGGGGGGCGUGCUGGCCAUCUUGAUGUCUACUCUGCUUCUGCUGCUGCUUUGUUUGCUUUUUGCAUUCGUGUGCACUACCAAGAAGGACAAAAUCCACAUGGACGACACCGGUGAUGGCAUGUUGCUGAAGUCGAACACCGAAGGGCCUGGCGACGAAGUGAACUCCAGCAUUCCAAUCCUUCCCAUGACUGCGGUGGACGGCUCUUUGAAAGGAUCUAUAUUCGAGAAGCAGGAAUCCAACUUGGGUAAGAUGGGAGCAGGGAACAUGAACACGAUGAAUGUGCCACCGGGGUUUCCCAACAACAUGUACCAAAAGUCGAGCAGUAACAUGGUCGUUACCGGCACGCUGGGAGGAUACAGCACAGGGAACUACAGAAGCAUCCAGGAAGAGGCGGAGUUCCUUGAGUUCGCCAGUCGGUCCACUCUGCACACGUGGAUGACCAACGCCUUAUACUUGGACAAGAAGCUGAUGUACUUUGCGACGGAGGACAGUGGCCGCUAUGCGGAUGACAUCCCCCUGCGCUACGGCUACGAGGGCCGGGGUUCGCUCGCUGGCUCCGUAGGCUGCUGCAGUGAGUUAGGCGCUGAUGAGGGCCUUGGCUUCUUGGACUCGCUUGGACCCAAGUUCAAGACCCUCGCAGAGAUCUGCAUGGAGAAGUGAGGAACAGCAGCGGUGGGGUGGGCUGGUGGCCAGGAGGAUGAUGAGGAUAUUGCUGGAGGUCUCAAUACCUCACUGUGAAUGACCAGCUUCUGAAGGUGCACGUCAGUGCCUCGGCCGCUUGACGGUAAUGCUCUUUGUAGGCGGAGCUGAAGAGACAUCUAUCCAUUAGCUGAAUUUCUCGUCGUCUUCUUAGACAGCGAUGCUCUCUGAGGGCUUCAGGUUUUGUCUGUUUUCGUCAAGCUUGAGCACUUGGUUGAUUAAAGUCAUUGUUUGUGUACAAAGUAAUGUCACCUGGAUAAUAAAUAAUUUAGCACUAGGGCCGCUUUCCAGUUCCCUGAAAGGGCCAAGUGACGUUUUAUUAUGUAAGCAGUGACUUUAAUCAGCUGGCUGUGCUGGAACUAUGCAGAGACCUUCAGACCUUGUGGGCACUGCAGGGAAUUAUUCUGACCCUUCGUAGUUUUUUGUCUGGCUGGAUUUACAUCUUAUCGACUUCAGAUUCCUUCCUGGGUCACUGCCUUUUCAACUGUGUUGUGCAAGAACAAAUAUUCAGACUGUAAAACUGUGUGUGUUUGAAAGGUAUGGAAUUUCAGUGAUUUUUUUUUUUUUUUUUUUUUUUUUUUUAAAUGCGAAUGUAUAUUUUUUCACUUGUUUACCAUAUACGGUCUGCUAGUUGUGUUUUGAAUGUGGCUUUGGUGAAUGAAUGUAUCACAGGCCAAAAUGCAAAUAACCUCCUGUGGCAGAACAGCGAAAGCUGAGCAGGAAACAACAUCCAAGGACAAAAGGCCUGGACUUUGUGUUCAGUUCUGUGCCUUAAUGUAUUUUUUUUUUUACCUUCUCACUAUAAAAUUACUGACAUAUAUACUCAGUUUCCAAGAGGAACACUUUUUACUCCUUGCAAUUAAAAUGAGAUAAAAUCUUAGUUGUUUUCUUGUUCUAAGUAAAAGUGACACUUUUUAUACAUCUGUGCUGGAGCUCCAGGAUUUGUCUUGUUCUGUAUAGUUUGCAGUAUUUUCUGAUGUUGUAAAUGGUGACUUGUUCUCUUGCUACUGUAUGGUAUUAGUACAGUUAUUCUGCACUCUGUGGGCUCAUAAUUUGGCUGUAAUGCUGUUGUAAGUGUACAUCUGAAUUGCAGUUUAGUUUGAUAAUUAUAGACAUACAGUUAAUUCUUUUUCUUUAAAGUAGGGAUUCGAUGGAACAAACAUGAAGUGUUUACUUAAUGGUAAACAUUUUCAAAUAAAUGCGAGAGUUCUUUC